AUGACUCGUCGGUUUCGAUUUUUGAUUGCACUAGGUCUUGGUGCUAUAACACUAUGGUACCUUGCUGGAGAUAUCGGACUGUAUAGUCCUCGGAUGUCUUCCCAUGGCCAUCUGCCAGUGACCAGGGUGAAUCCACAUAACACAACAGAGCACAUUGAUUUCUGGCGUCAGUUUCACUCUCUUUUGCUGGCCUCUGAGCCAGAAUGUAAGCCCCCAAGAAGAACCGGAUAUGCGCCCGCAACAGGCUUCAAUCCUUCUGAAGCUGGCCCCCGACCAGACUUGUUGAAAAUGCCCACACGCGAUGUAUGGCGUAUGAAAAGAGCGCACCAGAAAUUCGUGGAAAGCAUUCAACAAAGUCCACCUUCUCUCUCUUAUCUUCCUGGAACCAGGGGCUUGGUCACAACUGCAGGAGGCGCUUACCUCCCAGUCCUUGUCAUAUCGCUCCGCAUGCUACGCCGAACCGGCUCACAGCUACCGAUGGAGGUUUUCCUGGCCACACCAGACGAGUAUGAGGAAUUCAUCUGCGAUCAAGUGUUACCCUCGUUAAACGCCAAGUGCGUGGUUUUGACAGAGAUUACCAACGCAGUACCCGGCGGCGGCCAAAUUGAAAAAUAUCAACUGAAACCAUUCGCCAUGAUUUUCUCUUCGUUCGAAGAGAUUCUCUUCCUAGAUGCUGAUGCAUUCCCAAUCGCCAAGCCCGAGUCACUGUUCGAGCAACAGCCAUUUCAGUCUGCCAAUCUCAUCACAUGGCCCGACUUCUGGGCAUCUUCAGCUUCCCCAUACUACUAUGACAUUGCUUCGCAAAAUAUUCCCGCAAUGACAUCCCGCCAAUCGACCGAAUCUGGCGAAGUGCUCAUUUCGAAGAAAACACACUUGAAAACGCUCCUGCUCUGCACUUACUAUAAUUUCUGGGGUCCAACGCACUAUUACCGCCUUCUCUCGCAAGGAGCUGCAGGGGAAGGAGAUAAAGAAACGUUUAUUUCGGCCGCAACUGCCGUCGGUGAGCCGUUCUAUCAAGUUCGUGAGCCCAUAUGUGCAAUGGGACAUGCAACCAAAGGCGGUCUUGCUGGAUCGGCAAUGCUCCAAUUUGACCCAAUCGAGGAUUACAGGUUAGCCCGGGGGGGUGAUUCGAGUAUAAAAAGCUCCUCCACGGCUGCCCCAAAGGCUUUCUUCAUCCAUGCCAAUUUCCCGAAGUUCAACCCAGCCACUGUCUUUUCGAAACAGGCCGUGAAUCCCGCGUUCAAUGAUGAUGGCACAUACACGCGUGCUUGGACAACUCCACAGGAGAAGAUACAAGCAUUUGGAUCUGACGUUGAGAAACAAUUCUGGGCAGAGAUUCUGUGGACAGGGUGUGAAUUAGAGAAUAAAUUUCGUGCCUGGGAAAACAGAACAGAUAUAUGCAAUGGGGUGAAACAAUAUUGGACAGCUCAGUUUGGGUCAGAAGAUCCGUCUCGUGUAUAA